AUGGCCGCCGUGCGCUUAUCUCAAACUCCCCAAGCUCGCUGCAUGCGUUUCUACGGCGACAUUCAGCGCCUUGCGGCCGCCAGUGGUAUUACCUGUCCCAGUAGCUCUUUUUGGUCUUUCUUGGCUUUCAAUUACGACCCCGGCAUUAACUUAACUGCGCGUGACAUCAGUGUAGGGUCCAUGACCUGUGUUUGCCAAUUCUGCAACGCCCACAAAUGGGCAAGGAAGACUGCCGGUUUGUGCUGCUCCUCCGGCAAAGUUCGACUGCCACCUCUGCAUGAACCACCUAUCCCGUCGAGGGGACUUAUUUGGGGCUCAGACUACAACCUACAGGCCGAAAACUGGAUUGGUAUUUUGCCGCCGUUGGGAAGAGUUCCUCGCAGGGACGUCAUACUACUACUUCAGGCCAUGUUUCACGAGGUUAAGAGCCACAUUCGCAGUUUCAAAUAUGCUUUGGAAAAUGCUGCCUUUCCUUCCUUCAGCAUUGUAAUUGACGCCGACAAACGGCCUCAUGAUGAACACGAACGCCGCUACAAUGCUCCUGCGUACAACGAAGUGGCCGCUGGGGAGCAAGACCGCAUUCGCAAUAGUGUCCUCAAAUCAAGAGGCGGCGCUCUUUGCAGGAUUUCAGAGACCCAUCGAUCAUAUGACGCAUUGCUGUACCCUUUACUUUUCUCUUAUGGUGACAAUGGCUACCACUUCGGCAUUCCUCUUCAUACUCCGGGUGGCCAACCUAUAACGUCUUCCAAAGCCUUAUAG